CGGAGAUACUCGACAAUCGGGUUAUUUAUUCAUGCAGAAGGACGAUUAUUCUAGCCAACAACGAACAAACAAAAAAUGAAGGAAACGUAAGAGCUUUUCUAGCAACAACAAGUUGUUUACGUUUUAAUCCUCGAAACUUUUCUCCAUCUCCGAGGGCAAUGUUCCGUCCGCAUUAAUCUGUAGGUUACUCAACGGAUUAACCUUCGAUGGCUACUUAGAAACCCCACGGAAAUAUGGAGGUUUCUACCCAAACUGAAAAGCCCUUGAGGAAAUGCGAUCACUGCGGUCGUAAACCUCGGACUGGGAAAGACCCGAAGAUAAACAUUCAAUUAAAUGCGUCAUUAAAUGAUGUGCUCAAUGCUUUAACUAAUCUCGAAAGCAAAGAGAAACGAGGUCAACUGGCCAUGAGUUCCUUGCAAAAACCCUUCCUUCAGCAGGCUCUGCAUUUUCAACAUCAGCUCGCCGAUGCUGAGUUGAUGAAAACCACUCAACCUCGGUUCGCACUUCCUCCUGUUUUCCGGUCACAAAAACCUGCUAAUGCCAAAACACGCAAGAAAUCAGCGAAUAAACGGCAGUCUUUUAUCAGCAAGUCUAAUGCUGCUGCAGACGGAUCAGUUCCCGGAAUUUAUUCACUGAAAGGAUUGUCUCAGCAGCAAGCGAUUUUCGAAAAAGACUUCUUAUUGAGAGGGAUUUAUCAAAAAUAUUCGCAAAGAAUUCCCGCAGGCGAUUUUGGAAAAUCGUCCAAUUGCAAAGAAUCUUCGGCAUCUCCAUCAGCUGCUGAUGAUGAGAAUGACCAACAAAAGAGAAAGGAUUCUAAGCUGAGCUACAGAGAUAGUGGAUCAUCCACUGAAAGCUACACUAUGAGUUCAACUGCCAUCACAGCACAUGCUGACGUUCCUGACGCGCAAAAUGGAAGUGUCGCUCGCAGCCCCAAAUCCUCGUGCAAGCAGCGCUGUUUCAAGUGUCCAUCGACACAAGUGGUCAUAACGCUCACGCAACCUUCGUCUCCUCAUCGUCGCUCAAGCUCAGGGAAAGAGCAGAAAGUGUUUGGCUCCCCAUCUGACGAUUUCCACCAGAAAUCCUCGUCGAAACGGGGUUCAUCCUUGUUGCAAUCGUCAUUACCGAAAGGAUCAAGCCACGUCAUGGCCGAAGCUUUCAAGCAAAUUGGAACGGAGAAUAUGGCUGCCCCGGAACCCGGUUCUCAGCUCGGAGUUGCUGCUGGUGACUUGAACCCGAGACCCGACCUCAUUGCCGCUUUUGACGAAGAAGAACGGAAAAUCGAGGAAAAGCCUGGAAAGAAGUCCACAAAGAGAUCGAAGAGAAGGAGAAGUACUUCGACCAAGAAAUCAAACCGGAAAUUGAGCAGAAAACGGCAGCAACGACCAAAGUACCGCUUGACUCACAUUUACGACCAGCUGAACAAUUCCUCGGCUCCCAUCAGACACGACAUGGACAUUGUGUCUCUCAUAAAGGCGAUCACUGAAGAGAAAGAUCGUGCCAAAUAUCAGCAAAACACGGCUUUCAUUCAAUCCUUGUGGCACAACAUUUUGCAGAUACAUCCUGGCCCCCCUGCCCAAGGGCUAAAAAAGGUCUGA